AUGGAGCUCUUAAGCGUAAGAAGGGUUCAUGCUUUGCGAUCGAUCAGAGAGGAAGAUGUAUCACAGUUUGUUAAAUCUAUUUCUUCAAAUGCAAUGUCAAAGAUCAAUCUCAGUGAGAUGUUAAUUUGUUUAACAUAUGAAAUCACUACAAAGAUGACAUGUGGUGGGAGUUGCGAGAAGCAUGGAGCAUUUGUCCCACUUAUAAGAGAAAUCGUAGAGGUUUCCUCUGAAUCCAGUUUGGCUAAUAUGUUCCCUUCCAUCAAGUUGUUUCAUCUGAUCAGUGGAAUGAGAACUCGCCUUGAGAAGCUGCAUCAUGAAGUCGAUAAGAUACUUGAGAGGCUCAUGCACGAACAUGGAGUUAACAAGUCAAGAAUCGGCAAUGAUUUGUUGGACAUACUCUUGAAUCUUCAGGCACAAGGAGAAUUUAAGUUCCCCUUGACCGCAGACAAUAUCAAAGGACUCGUAAUGGAAGUUUUCAUGGGUGGGAGUGAAACAACAUCUACGACUUCAGAGUGGGCAAUGUCGGAAUUGCUAAGGAACUCAAAAGUGAUGGCAAAGGCUCAAAUAGAGGUGAGGCAUGUCUUUGACAGAAAAGGAUAUGUAGAUGAAGCCAGACUCGAAGAACUAGAAGAGGCAAAAUCGUGUGACUUAAGAGAAUCAUCCUUUGAUUCUCCUUUAAGGCAAAUAGAGCUUCACUUUAAUUCUCCAAGAUACCUCAAAGUCACCGAAAAUAAUAAGGCAAUAGGAUCUCUUUUUGGUGCACGCCUAAUCCAUGUAUGCCAAGCUUAA